GAGAUUGAGCUAUCUCGCCGCGGGGACAUGCUGACGCAACAGAUGCGCGAUCAGCUGAAGGAGGCGGAGCUACCAUAUGAUGACGAAUUCAUCCAGAAGCACGGUGGUGACCUGUCCAUCAUUAAGGACAACUUGGCAGUGCUUGAGGAUGGAGGUGCCCAAGAUUUAAUCGACGCUUUCAUCAUGAAGAUCUUGGAGGGAGAUGGUGAUCAGGAGAUGGAUCCGCAUGCUGCACCUGUAGACUCGCUUCAUGCCUUCAAUGGUGCGCUGGAUGCUAUGGCCGCCGACUCGAUCGCGCCGACGCCGACGGGUGAUCCCCUGCCGGGGAUCGAGACGCAGAUCCGCAAGCUCGAUGAUGAUGUAGACGGUGCUAAAGAUACGCUCCCAGGGACCGACGCGCAGUUGGCAUCAGUCUUGGACAUCGGGUUGGACUACAACCUUGGCGAUCGCGUGACGGCGGGUGCGCCUGGGGAGUUCUCUAUGGGCGGGCUGCAAGCUGAGUUGUUCGGGGGCAAGGCUGUGGGGGCCGUUGCCGCUGUGCCAGCGCCGAAGGCCACGAUUGCCAAGGCCGCUGCAGCGGUGCCAGAAGAGGCAGCAGCUCCUUUGGCCCCAGAGAUGGUGGCGCCGAAGGCUGCAAUGCCGACUCCAGCUGCGCUGGCAGCCUCUGCGGAGCCGCCCGCGGCGAAGCCGCCGCCGCCGCAGCCGCCGGCCGCGCCGUUGCCAACGGCGCAGCCGCUGCGCCAGGCGCCAGCAGCGGCGGCGCCCAUCAUGCCUGCUGCGGCGGAGGCGGCGCCAGCAGCGGCGGCGCCGAGCAUGUCUGCUGCGGCGGCGGCCAUGCCUGAGGCGGCGGGGCCUGCCCACGAUAUGCCCGUUGUCCGCGUGCGCCGCAACUCGGUGACCGCGCCGGCCGAGUGGGCUGUGUUCACAAGGCAGCUCAAGAACACCACCACCUACCCGCAGAACAUCAAGGACGAGGCGGCCACCAAGCAGGGCAAAUUCCAAGCCUUCAAUCUCUGGCUGGAGCGCAACAAGGACCCGACGAAACUCACUAAGAAGAUCCAGUUGAAGAUCACUGCGCGCGACAGGGGCGAGGCUGCAAUUGCGUCAGUCCUGGAUCCAUGUGAGUCCAACCAGCAGGGCGUCCACUGA